ACCUUGCCUUUACUGUACUGCGCUGACUGCACAACGAUUUCACACCCCAGGACCCAGGGAGCAUCAACAUCCGGUCGCACAGCUCUCCGCCAGUCGUGUAAUGUACUCGUGAUUUCGCAGGACUUCAGGUACCUAAGACCUUCAUAAAGUCACAUUUAAGGCCAGGAAGCAUUCCUUUGAGUCUGGUAUCCCCACGUGACUACUAUAUCUGCUCGGUACCUAGGUACCUAAGGUACUACCUCUAGGUAUCAAGGGAAGCUUCCCGAGCACCCACGACUUGCGAUGGCGAAAGACAAGAAAGGAGUCAGCGAGGGCAAGAAAGCCAAGAAAGCAGAAAAGAAGCUGAAGCAAGAGAAGAAAGGAGAAAAGAAAGAGAAAGUCAAGAAGUCAAAGGCAGAAGACAGCGAUGCUGAGGACGUGGACCUCGAUGCCGUUCUUGCUGAGUAUGCAAAGAAGCAAGAGCAAUUUCUCAAGGUCACCGAGUCUCCGUGUGAUCCUCCAAGAGCUCGUGCCUACGCUACUUUCAUAGCUUCGCCUGCGAAUGAUAAUGAGCUAUUUCUUUUCGGCGGAGAAUACUUCAAUGGUGCUCUGGCAACAUUUUUCAACGAUCUCUAUGUUUAUCAGAUCAAUAAAGACGAGUGGCAUUUGGUUACAUCACCGAAUACACCACUUCCAAGAUCUGGGCAUGCAUGGUGUCGCGGAGGAAAUUCCGGAGGAGUUUACAUGUUUGGUGGAGAAUUUAGCUCUCCGAAGCAGGGAACAUUCUAUCAUUAUAACGAUGUAAGCAAAUACCAUUCAUAUGUACUGUAAUCAGAUACUGACUUCUAAUUAUAGUUCUGGCGUUUCGAACCAUCCAACCGAGAGUGGACAAGGAUUGAGACCAAGGGCAAGUCACCACCAGCGAGAAGUGGGCAUCGUAUGACCUUCUUCAAGAACUACAUCAUUCUGUUCGGCGGCUUCCAAGACACUUCUCAACAGACGAAAUAUCUAAGCGAUCUCUGGAUCUAUGAUACGAAUAGCUAUGUGUGGCAUAACCCUGUUUUGCCUCUGGCGACUCAGAAGCCGGAUGCUCGGUCGUCAUUCUCCUUCCUGCCUCAUGAGUCUGGAGCCGUGCUUUACGGAGGCUACUCACGAGUCAAGGCUACUGUUACCGGUAAACAAACCAAAGGUGGGGGCCAAGCUCAGAGAAACGUCCUCAAGCCAUCAGUCCACGAAGAUUGCUUUUUCCUCCGCAUCAUCCAGCCUGCUACAGAUGCACCUCUCAAUACCCUGCCGACUGUAAGAUGGGAGCGAAGAAAGAAGCCAGCAAACGCACCAAAUCCUCCACGCGCAGGAUCUACUAUGGCACAUCAUAAGGGCCGAGGCAUAGCUUUUGGAGGUGUGCAUGAUGUUGAAGAGAGCGAGGAGGGUAUUGACAGCGAGUUCUUCAAUACUUUGUUCGCUUGGAACAUUGAACGAAAUCGAUACUUUCCUCUUGCUUUGAGAAAAUCACGUGUCAACCAACGCAAACCUCAAGAGGUACGAGGGGGUCGUCGUGGGAGAGGGCAAGCGAAUGAAGAUGAGCUCCUUCGGAACCUGGCGGCGCUUGAGACGGGAAAGUCUCUAGAUUUUACCGAUGAGAUGGACAUUGAAAAGCCGAAAGAUGUGUCUGAUGAGUCGCCAUUGCCAAGCAAAGAAAUAUUGAUGGAGUUCCCACAUCCGAGAUUUAACGCCCAGUUAGCAGUCCAAGACGAUGUUCUGUAUAUCUAUGGUGGUACAUUUGACAAGGGCGAUCGAGAGUUUAUAUUCGACGAGAUGUACGCCAUUGAUCUCGGCAAACUUGACGGCGUCAAGCAGAUCUUCCGCCGUGAACCUGAGAACUGGCUGGGUAGUGACGAUGAGGAGAGUGAUGAUGAGGACGACGAGGAAGACGAGGAGAGAGAUGUCAAGAUGACUGAUGAAAAGCCUCUGCAUACGGAAAGUACCCGCAAGUCGAAGCGUAAGGAGAAACUUUCAGCAGCCUUCGAUGAAGGUAGUGAGACCUCGUCAGCGCCAUCCACUACCUUCGAUGACACGCCAGAUAAUGCUACAAAUGCGACGUCUGCUGAUGACAGCUUACCGCACCCUCGGCCAUUUGAGUCUCGAAGAGAUUUCUUCCAAAGAAGCGGUAACGAGUGGCAGGAGGCACUGAUGACUAGUUUGAGAUGGAAAAGUAUUCAGCCGGAAUCUCUAUCGGUUAAGGAAAUUAAGACAAAGGCGUUCGAGAUGAGUGAAGAGAAAUGGUGGGAUUGCCGUGAGGAGAUUACUGCCUUGGAGGACGAGCAAGAGGCUGCUGGUAUUGGUGAGGUAGUUACCUUGGCAGAUCGAACUGAAGCCAGUGGCGGUGCAGGGAGACGACGAUAAGGAUUGUUGUGAGCCCCUCCGCUAGGCAGAUACGUAAAGCUUGGUUCAUCACUAAAAGGUUCAGUUCGGAUGUUCCCGCUAAACUUUGUGACAUUGAGAGUUUUGCUUCUUCCAUAAUUGGGAAUCUGUCCGCCUCAAACCCAGAUGUCAACAAAAAGUUCGCUUAUACUUCUGUAAGGUCUAGCUAGCUAGACCUCCUUAACAAAGCCCACCUCAAUAACCCGAUCAGGCUGAACCCUCAAGUUCGCGAUCUUCGUACGAGUAUUAUCCCUGAGCCACAAAAAUGCAUGUAACAUAGCCUUCCUCCACCAGCCCGUACCACUCUUAACUCUCAUCUGCUCCUUUCCAAUGAUGUACAAAACCUGUCUAUCGAAAGCAUGUUGCAAUUUCGCCAAGUCUUUUGCGAUCGUCUCAUCGGUUGCAAGAGACUUCAUCUCAUGUCGCUUCUCAUCAUUUCUCGGAAGAGGUGUGAAAGCUACAUCUUGUGUCUGGAUAGACGUCGAGGGAGUCGAUUUGAGAGAGUCACCUUGGCAGACAAUAAAGUUGCGGACUUGUUCGCAGACAAGGGAGGCAAGGUCGGGGGUGAUCACUUCAUCCAUGUAGCCGUGGCGGACGACGAGGCGGUAGCAGUUCGGGAUGGCGACGCGGGUUACGGUGUAACGAUCUUCUGGAGCUAUGGAGGGUGUUUCGAGAGGACGAAGAUGGAAGAAUACCAUGAUCUAGGUUUGAGUGAGCAUCUGACAUACCUUUACGCUCUUUGCGCAACUGAAUAUUCUAGCGAUCAAAGACUUCGAGACUUACCUCAGGGGCAGCAACGAGCUUGCUCAAGAACUGGGUAAAUACCGCUGGGGUAGUCUCUCCAGCUUUGUCGAAGAAAAUACCAAAGCCUUUGAUGGAGCUCAAGUCAUCACCGCCGUACAACUGCGUAAGUUUAAUUGCUCCAUCGUCUCCCUUCUCGACAAGAUGUGUAGUCGCGACGCGAUCUUCAGCCUCGGAGCACCACUGCUGUUCCUU